AUGUCGUUCCUCUCGCCCGCCGCCUUUUUCGCCUCGUUCCAGAGCAACGCCCACAACCUCUCGUUCUACACCAUCCCCGCCGCCUGGGCCCUCGCCAUCGCCCCGCACUUUUACGCCGUCUCGCUGUCCAAGGGCAAGUUCACCAACUCGUCGCCCCGCCAGUACCUCGCCGACAUCAUCAAGAAGGAAAACAAGACGGCCGACGACAAGAAGUACGUCCGCGCCGAGGCUGCCAACGCCAACGGAUUUGAAAACCUCGCCUUCUUCGCCUCGGCCGUCAUCGCCGGAAACAUUGCCGGCGUGCCCGCCCACGAGCUCAACGCCCUCUCGUUUGGCUACCUCUUCAGCCGUGCCAUCUUCAACUACCUCUACAUCACCGUCGAGGACGAGACCAAGGCCACGCUCCGCUCCGCCUCGUUCCUCGCUGGCAUCGGCAUGAUCUUUACCCUCUUCAUCCGUGCGGGCAACAAGGCCUUCUAA